UUUGGUUAAUUUUGUGUGAAUAUGGUCAUAUACUAUAGUCGUUGUUUGUAUUUGUGUUUAUUUAUUCGAUAAUUCGAAGCCUUUGAAUGUCAAUAGAAAUAUUUCAUAUCGUUUGAGUCAGUUUGAGUUAUAUAUCAAGAAAUGGUAAAUAUGGAGGUGGACACAGAAAACAUCAAUGAUACAAAUUCAAGAAUUGCGAAGAAAAUCGGUUUGAAAAAUUUAUUGGAUCGUGUGGGAAUAAUUGAGGAAAAUGCUGAUUUUGGAUUAAAUGCAGUCAUUGAAGUAAAUCAAGUUUUGCAAGGUUUGGAUGUUCUUGAAAAGACAUACUCAGUACAUAAACGGCUGGAUAAUUCUGAUGAAACAAUACUGGAUGUGAAAUUAUUAAACUCUGCAAGCAGUGUAGUAAAUAAAGCUUUAGAUAGUGUGACAUCCUUUCAAAGUAAUGUCUAUGAUCCGAGAGAAUUCGCUGAAAAAAUAAUUUCCAAAUGUAAUGAAAAUGAAGAUGAUUUUCAUGAGUCAAGCUUACUGAAUCUGCUAGAAGAUGCCAAAACAAUUUAUCACAAAGUUCCUAUAUUUGCAUCAUUAUAUGGUACAUAUACUUUAAACAAAGAACAGAUUAUUAAGAAAAGUAAACCAAGAAUAGAAAAGCAGUCACAGAAGACGGUUGUCAAGAAAACAUUACUUAAAGUAAAAAAUGUUAAGGAAGAUGAACAAAGUAUUGAUGACAUUGUUGAUUUCCUGUUAGAAGUCUUGAAAUUAAAUUAUGAAAAGAACAAUAACCAACCAAUACUGUAUUAUAGAUAUGUAAUUGAUACAGAUGAUUUUGGUAAAACUGUUGAAAAUAUUUUUUAUACUUCAUUCCUUAUUCGAGACGGAAAGGCUAAACUAAAUCUAGAUGAUAAUGAUGAACCUACAUUAGAACCAAUACAUAAAAAAUACUUGAAAGCUUUCCGUAACUCAAAAGGACAUAACAUUCAAAUGAUCAGCUCUAUAACAAUGGAGAAAUGGAGGGAACAUUCACAAGAAAUAGGUUAUCUACAGGAAGUAAAGAACAAUUUGUAAGAAAUAAUAUUAAG